CACAUGUGCUUGUUUGCCCAAAGCGUGAAGUAAAGCGAUUUGUUGACCUCACCACAGAGGAGACCAGUGACUUGUGGAUUUCAGCCCAAAAAAUUGGGAGACAGCUUGAGAAGUACCACAAAGCUUCUUCACUUACAUUUGCAAUCCAA